UGUCCACCGCCUUCAUCUGAACGCUUCCGGACAUCAUUCUUGAUUAAUAGGAGUGGGGCAUGGAUCGGAUGAUGGGCCCUCGCAAUAAAAUGGAAGCUCUCUGUCUUGUUUGUGGGGAUAAGGCAUCCGGCCGGCAUUACGGCGUGUCUUCGUGUGACGGAUGUCGAGGCUUUUUCAAGAGGAGCAUUCGCAGGAACUUGGACUACCUCUGCAAAGAAUCCAACCAAUGUGUCGUUGACGUUAGCCGUCGCAAUCAGUGCCAAGCGUGUCGCUUUCGCCGCUGCCUCGAAGUCAAAAUGAAACGAGAUGCCGUCCAACACGAACGAGCUCCCCGUGGCGCACUCAAAAGAUCUUUUCAGCCAGAGGCUGACACGAUACCAACGCACGCGACGUCGAUGCUGCCGUUAAAUCAUCCGCCACCGUUAACGUCUCUAAACGCUGGCUAUCCAUUCUACCCUGGAAAUUUCGCUUUUCCUUGGCGUCCAGCCCUCGGCCUACACCACGUCCCAAGACAUUUCGCACUCAACUUUCUGGCGCCUCCGCCGCUACCUCUGGUGUCCGACGACCGGCCUCUUGUCAAUCGAGUCAAAGAAGAUGAAGUCAGCAGUUCGGCGGUUGAAGAACAACCGGCGUACAAACGGAGCGAUUUGACGGCGGCUGGCUACAAGACGUCUAUUGCUACAAGUACGUCACCGGUUGCAGUGCCGACAGAUGCAGUCACUCAACUGAGCACAUCACAGUACUAUCUGGCAAGCAGAGAUGCUAAUAACGAUGAUGUUAAUGAAGCUGCUGCCCGUCUGCUCUUCCUGGCAGUUCGAUGGGCACGCACCAUUCCUUCAUUUUCUAAUCUGUCUUACCGAGACCAAUGUCUUCUGCUGGAGGAGGCCUGGUGCGAGCUGUUUAUUUUAACGGUAGCUCAAUGGGGACUCGACCUGGAAGAAGUAGUAAAUACGGUGAGGAGUUGUCCGGAAAUGACGAGCGAACGUCACGAGCUCCUACUCGAAGGUCUGCGGCAUUUGCACCAAGUGAUUGGACGCAUUCAUCUGUUACGGCUGGAUCACACUGAAUUCGCCUGCCUGAAGGCCUUGGUUCUUUUUAAACCUGAAACUGUAGGACUUCACGACAGUUUGACGAUCGAGAUUUUACAAGAUCAAACGCAAGUAAUGCUGCACGAAUAUUGUUCGUCGUCGAGCGUUCAGCAUUCGCACGAAGUGUCGAACAUGGUGCGAAAUCAUCGUCCGUCUCCCGCCGGCCGUUUCGGCAAAUUAUUGUUGGUUCUACCAGCUCUGAAGGCCGUCCAAAGCGCCAACGUUGUCGAUCUCUUUUUUCGUAAAUUAAUUGGUGAAACAUCCAUCUCCCGUCUAUUGGCAGAUUGCACUCUGUAAAAAUGCUCGUGUUUUUUGUUUUGUUUUUGUUUCAAUUUCAGUAGUAGCUCAUUAAUCGCUGUAAAAUCUAUUAUGUAUGCCAGUUGUUCAUCACCGAUUUGCAAAGAACAAAUCUAUUUUAGAUUGCUAGUCACACCGGAUUGCACUAAAACAAAAACAAAUGUCACGUGUUAGAGCAUACAGUUUAAAUAGAUAGUUAUCGUAUAUACGUAUACGUAUAUAUAGUCAUUCAUUAACCGAAUUGUAAUGCUAAUUUCCUUUAUAUAUCAUAUACGUGCGUUCUUGCAAUAUAUAUAGCCUAAUAUAGAA